AAACUUGUGUUGUGUCGUGCUGCAAGGCAGACGCACUUGUCGUCGUUGCUGUGCUGUGAUGCGUUCAUCAGACGAGAGUGGAGGCUGUGUAGUUGUUGCUGUAAUGAGAACUUCAAUAAUUUGCGAGAUCUUCUAGUAAAAUUUAUUUUAAUGCAAUAUAUACUGCCGCUUAGCGGUGUUAAUUCAUACUAGUCGCCUGUCACAACUAUUUAAUUUUUCAUUCACUUUGAAUAACAAAAAUGAGAUUGACAAGAAGAGUGUUUAAAAAUAUGAGUAGCAUAGCUAGUAUGCUUGACUACUAUUCACAGUUCAACCCGUCGCCGCUUUCAAUUAAACAGUUCAUUGACUUCGGACUGAGUGCUUGCCAAGAGAAAAGCUUUAUCUUUUUGAGGAAGGAACUGCCAGUGAGGCUGGCAAAUAUAAUGAAGGAAAUUCACCUUCUGCCGGACAAAUUGCUGAAGACGCCUUCAGUAAAUCUCGUAAAUAACUGGUACCUGAUGAGCUUCGAGGAAAUUUUGCAUUUUGAAAAAGCCGACGUGAGUCCUGCAGUGCUAGAAAGGUUCUGCCAGGCGCUGAUCAAGAUUCGAAAUAGACAUACGGACGUGGUCCAGACGAUGGCACAAGGGGUCCUUGAGCUGAAGGAGUCGCACGCGGUGGACCAGGCAACGGAGAACAGCAUCCAGUACUUCUUGGACAGGUUCUACAUGUCCAGGAUCAGCAUCCGAAUGCUCAUAAACCAGCACACUCUACUGUUUGGUGGCCAACUUGAUGGUCAACUGAAUAGUCGCCAUAUUGGUUGCAUUGACCCACAGUGUGAUCCAGUCAGUGUGGUUCAAGAUGCUUAUGAACAUGCUCGAUUCCUCUGUGACCAAUAUUAUUUUGCUUCACCUGAGCUUAUCAUUCAUCAACAUAACGCUCUUGAGAUGAAUGCUCCCAUAAGAAUCAUCUAUGUCCCAUCACAUCUUUUCCACAUGCUGUUUGAGCUCUUCAAGAAUUCAAUGAGAGCAAUCAUGGAAUUCCAUGGAAAUAGUGAAAACUAUCCACCCAUAGAGGUCAACAUUGUGCUUGGGAGAGAAGAUGUGUGUGUGAAGGUUUCAGACAAAGGUGGUGGAAUUCCCCGAAGUGCAACUGAUCAGUUGUUUCAUUACAUGUACUCCACAGCUCCACAGCCACCCAAAUCUGAUGCUCACACUGUACCCCUUGCAGGUUACGGUUAUGGUCUCCCAAUUUCUCGUCUGUAUGCGAGGUAUUUCCAUGGGGAUUUGAUGCUGCUUUCCUGUGAUGGAUAUGGAACAGACACUAUAAUUUACAUGAAGGCACUCUCCAAUGAGGCAAAUGAAUUGCUUCCAAUUUUCAACAAGACAUCAACAAAAUAUUAUCGCACAUCAAUCCCUACGGGAGAUUGGAGCAACUGUUCCAACAUUCGGCAUUUGACGAUGAAUCGAUUACGAAGCUAGCCAAUGUUGCAUGGUUGAUUUCAUGUGAACUACUCCUGUCUAAGCUUUUAAAAUUAAAAAUGGAAGUGGAUCCAUUUCUGGAUGAAGACUUCUUGAAUUUCUAGAAGAGACAGAUCUUCCAUUAUGGGUGAAAUUCCAAGAAAAGACUUUAUCCUCAACUGUUUAUUUGUCAUCAUUUAUUGGGAAUAACAAUAUUGUUUAUAAUUGUGUGUAUAUUUGCAGGUGAUAAGCAGACAUAAAGAACCUUUUUUUUUUGUAUAGAGGCAAUGGAGAGCAAGAGAAUAAGACUGCAGAUAGAAAUAAGCAACUGAAGUUUAUUUGAAACAGGGGUAAAUAUUGUAUUUUCAGCACAGAACUGCACACGUGUAACUGGUAGUUUUGCCAGUCUUUUAAUUUUCUUGUGUACAGUAUGAUUGUAGUAUGUUUUAAGGACUUCUUUAGUCUAUCAGUAACUAGAUCAAUGUGUGUGCAAUAUACAUCUAACAUUAAAUGUAAAUGUUAUAGAUUAUGUUCAGAUUUUAUGCUUAAUAGGCAUAUUUCUGUGGGUAAAACUACACAGAAAGAUGUUAGUAAUCAAGCUCCUUAUGGGUGAUAAAUGAAAAGCUGAGAGCUUUCUUCACCUUUUAUUGUUGUUCUUGUGCCUGUUGUUUGUGCUGUGACUGCAGUUGUUAUUUUAUGGUAUGAUGUAAGUUUUUGCAUUUACCAUGGCUUUCCUAUCUCCCUUUUCUGUUUACCUAUGCAAAUUUUACAAUAAGAUGUCAUGUCUUAGAACAGAACCUACCAUUUUUAAAGAGUUUUACAUGUUGGAUUUCAAUAAUAUACCUAUUUACAUUCCAACAGUACAAAAUAUGUCAUUUUUAAUUUACUAAUUUACAUAACAUUAUUGAUUAAGGUGUGAUUCUUUCUCAGAAUUGUGUCUUUACGUGCAGUGUACUGUUUCAAUUAGAUUAUUGUUGUUGUAUAUCACAUUUUAAAUUGUGUUGAAUAUUAAGUUAUUGUAUUGACUGGAUAAUAAAUAAUCAUUUUCAUUAGAAGGGACAGAGAACUCAAAUCAUGAGAUGAAAUGGCAGCCUAUAAUCAUAUUAUGAGUAAUUAUUGAGGACAGCAGUUGUUAAAACUGAAUUGUUCUCAAUAUCUCAAAAUUCUUGUUUGAUCCAAUAUUAACUGCAACAAUGUUUACUCCUCCCCAUCUUUCUCUGUAUCUGUUUUCUGUAUUAGCAGUGAAGUGUAGUAGAGGACAAAAUAGUCUUUUAUUAAAAGUUACUCAUUUCAGGGAGCAGCACUCUGUUUUGGAAAUCAGUUUCAAUCAUAUAAUAGUGCACUAUGAUGGUGCAGUCAACUCAAUUUUUAAUUAAUUCUCAACUUUAAUGCUUUAGUCACUCACAUGCAGAGAACAUGGAUUUUGUCAUUUCUGUAACUCCACUUUUAAUUCUUCUAUUUCACUAGAGAUAUUUAGAUAGACUAAAAGCUUAUCCUUGCUCUCAACAUCAGAAACUGUCUCAUGAGGAGUAGAAAAUAAAACUUGUUUGAGACAAGCUUUCAACAUUAGAACUGAAUUUUUGCAUUGAGACGUUAAGGGGGGG